AUGCACGCCCCAUAUGUCACUACGCUCAUCGGCACACUCAGGACCGGCUUGCUAGGCACUAGCAACGCCAUGGCCGUGCAAACUCCAAACAACAGCACCAGUGUCCUCCAACCCAUCCAGGAGAAAAUGGGCGUCAACUGCCAAGGCGGCUACGGCUGCGAUCACUUCGACGCUACGGGCAAGAAAAACGGCAAGACAGCAGUGAUCGACUACAUCGUGUCCGCCAUCGACGGCGUCGACCAGAACCGCAUAUACCACAACGGUGAGCGCAUCGCCUGCCAGCCCGGAAGCUACCAUUACGACAUCGGGCUUCACACCGGGGAAACUGUAGGCGGUAUCUGCGCUUUUCUGUAG